AUGAGUGCUUCUGCGAAUUCCAACAAAAGGCCAAAGAACACUGCUAUUGAUCUCAUUGCUGGAGGAACGGCGGGCCUGUUCGAGGCUCUGUGUUGUCAUCCUCUCGAUACCAUCAAAGUGCGUAUGCAGCUGUUUAAGAAAAGCAUUGGACUAAAGUCCGCAAAGCCCCCGGGUCUUAUCAAGACAGGUGUAAACAUUGUCCAAAAUGAGGGCUUUUUCGCUCUCUACAGAGGCCUGGGAGCCGUUUGCAUAGGUAUUGUGCCGAAAAUGGCCAUCCGUUUCUCGUCCUACGAGUUCUAUAAGUCGCUCUUUAUCAACAAGGAAACUGGCCAGGUUGCCACGUCCUCCAACUUUAUCAGUGGUGUGAUGGCAGGUGUCACCGAGGCCGUGCUUGUCGUCAACCCUAUGGAGGUGGUCAAGAUCAGACUUCAGGCUCAGCACAAUUCUCUUAAGGACCCUCUGCAGGUGCCUAAGUAUCGUUCUGCGCCACAGGCUGCCCUGAUGAUUGUCCGCGAGGAAGGUCUGAAAACACUCUACCGAGGUGUGUCUCUGACUGCCGCUCGGCAGGCUAUCAACCAGGGUGCCAACUUUACCACCUACUCGUUCCUCAAAUCGUUUUUGCAGGACUACCAAAACGCCGAGGUCUUGCCCUCCUACCAAACAGCCGUGAUAGGAUUCACCUCUGGAGCCAUUGGACCUCUCUGCAACAAUCCUCUCGACACGAUCAAAACGAGAAUGCAAAAGGAAACAGGACACUCGAACGAGUCCAAUUUCGCCCGCGGUGUGCGUAUCGGAGCCAACCUGUUCAAGGAGAGCGGUGUGAAGGCAUUCUACAAAGGUAUCCUUCCGAGAGUCAUGCGUGUUGCCUCAGGACAAUGUGUUGUUUUCCCCGUCUACGAGUUCUUUAAAGGCUUUUUAUACGACGUGAGCGGCGUCUCGGGCAAACAGAAACUGGAGGAUUAG